GCCAAAUUGUCGAUCAACUAUGUGAAGCUCGCAAGUCUUGUUUAGAAUAUUUGGUGGAUUCAGAUCAUAUAGUGUUUGAAAACGAGCAGACAGUCACCCAACCUUCAGGACUUUCUUCUUGGAUCAAUCCAGAACAGCCUUUGUCAACAACUGAAACUCAACGACUAAUUGAACAAGAAACUCAAGAUGAAUGAGUUUUGGAGUCGUCGUACAUGUGUCAUUUUGACUGGCGCUAGCAAAGGAAUAGGACAAUGUUUAGCUGUAGAAAUUGGUAAACUUUUGAUUCCAGAGUCAACCAUUGUUCUUAUGGCUAGAGAUACAAAUGGUCUGGAAAAAACCAAAGAAAUGGUGAACAAAGAAAACAAUGAUAUUUUGGUAGAGUAUUAUAGCGUGGAUUUAUAUAACUCCAACGCAACAAUGUUUGAAAAAAUUGUUGAACCUAUCGAUUCUACAAAGUACGAAUUAUUUUUAUUAAUUCAUAAUGCUGGGUCAGUUGGUAAUCUAGAUCAUCUUGCAGCUGACAUGAAUGAUCCUGACGAGUGGAACAAGUACAUGUUGUUGAAUUUAUAUUCAGUAACUUGAUUAACAAGUGUAUUUUUAUCUAAGUUCAAUUCAGAUACAGCUGAAAGAUGCAUUGUCAAUAUAACUUCAUUAUUAGGGAUUGAACCAUUUAAAUCAGUUGGAUAUUAUUGUGUUGGAAAAGCUAGUAGAGAAAUGUACUUCCGUGUAUUGGCUUUAGAAAAUCCCACGUUGAACAUUCUUAGCUAUUCCCCAGGCCCUGUGUUGACUGAUAUGUAUACAAAUAUUAGUUUGAAUUCAAAAGACGAGGUAGUACGAGAACAAUUUACAAAUGGACAGCAAAAACAAUAUAUUGUGAAAGUAGAAGACACUUGUCAAAAACUAGUGAACACAUUAGCCAUGAGAAGUUAUAAAACUGGUGGUAGAGUUGAUUAUUAUGAUAGAUAAUUUUAUUCCAUAUAAAGCUGUUAUUUAACAUUUUAUGUAUUGUUGUUUUUAAGUUAGUUUUAUUAUAAUAUGUAUCAUUUAUUAAUUGUAGUGUAUGUUGAAGGAAGAUAAUUCCUCUAUUAAUUUAGUUUAAUAAUGAUUAUUUAACAAAAAAUAUUCUAUUAUACACUACAUAAUAUUAAUUAUUUAUAGUUCAGUUUUCUUACACUAAUAAAACAAAAGCAUUUUUUAUGUCCUUGCCAUUUCUAUAUGAUCUAUUAGACUUAACUCUGGCCCCUCUACCCCUUCAAGGCUUUAAAGAUGUAUAACACUAUUUGUGCCUAUGACUUAUUAUAUUAUUAUACUACUAUACUAAGGUUCAAGAGGGAACGCUACUGGGUUGUGACCAAAACUUGUCUUUUUC